GUUAUUAACAAUUCAAGCCAUCUGAAAAUGGAAGAUUGAUUUUAUAGUUAAUAAACUGCUUGUUUAUGGAAGUAUUUGUACCAAAGCUGGAUUUCUCCUUAUUGGGGAUGUGAUAAGAGAUGUUCCUACUUUAGAUAGGGGUUGUUCCAUCUGCUUUCAGAGGUCCCUUCUAACUCUUGAUAUUCCACAACUUUAAGGACCUACCUCCACCUUCAGAGUCUGAAGCUUCCUUUGGAGUAAGACUGUAUGGCUGAGGGUGGGGUCCAGCUCCAGGAAAGUAGAAUGACUCACCUUGAGAACCAUUGGACUAUUAGGGGAAGAGUGGUAUAUGCUGAGUCCAAUCCAUUCAUUUUACACAUGAGAGAAAAGAUGAAUUUGAAUUGCCUGGUUUCACUACUUCACCCUGUCAGUCUGGAAGCAUUUAGUAAAUGCCAACCAUGUGUAGACCCUGUGCUAAGCCAUAGGGAUACCAAAAAGUGUUAAAAAACAAACUCUUCUCUUUAGAUUAUGAUUUAAGGGGAAAGACAACUUGCAAACAUAUGUACAAAGAAGAUGUUGACAGAGUAAACUGGGAAUCAUUGCAGGGGGAAAGCACCAAGAUUAAGGAGGCCUGUGAAGGGCUUCUUGCAAAGGUGGGACCUUAACCCAGACCUGAAAAGAAUUGCAAUCAGCUUAUUUCCCUGAUGGCUUUGAACUAGUCCCUUCCCCUCUUAGGACCUCAGUUUCCUUCUCUGUAAACUGAUAGAGUUAGAUUAGAUAAAUCCUUUAGCCCUAGGCAGAAAAUUCAUAUGGGACCUUGGGGAUGAAUGAGAUGUGGUAAAUCUCUCUUUGCUCCCCACAUAGAUAAGUGGCCCUUUUGGCACUUAGUCAUUCCCUUUUUGGCAAAGGGCAGAAGUGAGCUGCCCCAGGUGACACUUGACUGAGACUUCCAUUAUCAUGUUUGUCUUUAAAAAAAAAAAGUGAUUUCAGAAUUAGCCUCUCCUCAACUGGAGCCCAGUUUCUUCACAUUCUUAGUGUGCUGCUUGCCUUCCUGAGAAGAUUAGACAGGUGAUCUGAUUGUUAGGAUGACUAUGGGAGACUGUGAUUGGCUAAGUAGGUAGUCAGACUUGUUUCUGUGUUUGCGGUUUGAUAAGAGAAGGGAUGGUAUAGAGAGGAUGGAGGUGGUACUUGUGAGAUGCUAGAACUGGUUUUUUGUUGUUUUUUAAACCCUUACUUUUUGUCUUAAUAACAACUCUAAGAGAAAAGGGCAAGAGCUGGGCAAACAGGGUUAAUUUGCCCAGGGUCAUGUAACUAGGAAGUAGGGUUUUGUAGGCAGCUUUUGAAUCCUUGAAUGUUGAAACUAGAGGAGCCUUAGAGGAGAUAUUUGACCUAACAAUUUUCAUCUACCUUAGGAACUAAGCCAUAAGAGGAAAUGUGGGAAGGCAGGUAGGACCUUCAGACUUGGAUUUGGCAGUAUAGGUUGGGGUCAGUCCCUGCUCUGACACUUGCAUCACCUCUGAGAAGGUACCUUCCUCUAGUGGGCCUCAGUUUCCUCAGUUACAGAAUGACCGUCUCCAAGCAUUGGCAUUUUCUGAUUUAAUGGAACUAGCCCAUGAUCAUAUAAUAAAUCAGUCAGGAUUGGAUCCUGAGAUUUCCAAUCAUAGUCUUCUGCACUGCCUCUUAAAAUACUUGUUUUAAUUUUAUCUUCUGUCAGUCUCAUAUAAAAAAAGUGUGUGUCCUUUACACCUCUACACCCUCACCCCAACCCCCCCCCCCCCCACACACACACACUUACACUCAAAGCUAAAAGCUAAAACCUGGUAACUGCUAAAGAAAAAUGAAGAAAUGGGCAGCCUCUUCAUCGGGGACCAGGUAGCUGGAGGCUUCCUUUCUGUCCCACGUGAAAUCAAAGCCCAUUGAAGAGGUCAGCUUUGUUUACAGUGUCUCAGCAGCUCAAUUACACCACAUACAGUAAUUCUCAUCACACUGCCAGUAAUUUCACUGACUUACCAAGCAGACAUCAUUUCCUGAAAGUCAGCCCUGGCCUUAGAGGAAGUAGGCGCUGAGGCUACAUGACUAAACAGCCUAUGCAAAUCUCCUGUGCUGAGCCUGAGAGCAGUCUUGCCUCUUUCUGUCCCCUCCCAGCCAAGGGGGCCACCUCAGACUCUUCUCCCUCUUUGCCAGUUUUCUUUCUGCUGCUUGCCUGAGCCCUUGGCAUCUAAAGGCUACUCCUGCUGCUGCUCCUGCUGCUGCUGCUGCUGAUGUGGCUGCUGCUGUCAUGAAUGUGGCUUUUCCCCUGCUUUGGUGUGAAAGGGGAGCCUGUCCUGUGGGCUGCUCUGAGUCCAGUGUCCUUGUAGCAUGGCCCAGAUGCAGUUUUGGCUACAAUUCUCAGCACUAAACCAGGACUCUUCAUACCUCGAUGACACUUCCCUUUUCUCAUCACCUGUUGGCUCCCUCUCAGAUAUUGCUGACUCUGCAGAUUUUCAGCCUGCUGAAAACCUCAGCCAGACUCUGUGGGAUGUGAACACUCCAUCACAAAACCAAGAAGAGCUGUUCUCAUCAACAGGACAGUUUCUAGGUUUGGAUGACUCAGUUGCUGCUAUCACAAACACCCCACUGCUUGUGAGUUACCAGUCACAGAGUCAACCAGAGGAUGAUGAUGAGGGUGAUGAAGAAGAAGCAGAAGAACUGGGCCAUGCAGAAACCUAUGCUGAUUAUGUCCCAUCCAAAUCUAAAAUUGGAAAACAUCACCCAGACCGUGUGGUUGAAACGAGUACUCUCUCCAGUGUUCCUCCACCUGACAUCACUUACACCCUCUCCUUGCCCACCUCAGCGGCCGAAAGCGGGUCUUUGUCAGCACUACAAUUAGAAGCCAUCACUUAUGCCUGCCAGCAACAUGAAGUCCUGCUACCCAAUGGACAGCGAGCUGGGUUCCUCAUUGGAGAUGGUGCUGGUGUUGGGAAGGGCAGAACUGUGGCUGGGAUCAUCUUUGAGAACUUCCUGAAGGGCAGGAAAAAAUCCCUGUGGUUCAGCGUCUCUAAUGAUCUCAGGUAUGAUGCCGAGCGAGAUCUGAAGGACAUCAAUGCCCCUCACAUUCCAGUGCAUGCUUUAAACAAGAUAAAGUAUGGUGACACAACUACCUCAGAAGGAGUCCUGUUUGCCACUUACUCGGCCCUGAUUGGGGAGAGCCAGGCAGGGGGACAGCACCGGACCAGGAUUAGGCAGAUACUCGACUGGUGUGGAGAAAACUUUGAUGGAGUUAUAAUUUUUGACGAAUGCCACAAAGCCAAAAAUGCCAGCUCUACCAAAAUGGGCAAAGCAGUAUUGGACCUUCAGAACAAGAUGCCCCUUGCCAGAGUUGUCUAUGCCAGUGCCACAGGUGCCUCUGAGCCAAAAAAUAUGAUUUACAUGAGCCGCCUGGGGAUCUGGGGAGAAGGAACCCCCUUCAGAGCCUUUGAGGAGUUCCUCCAUGCCAUUGAAAAGAGGGGUGUCGGUGCCAUGGAGAUCGUGGCGAUGGAUAUGAAAGUGAGUGGCAUGUACAUUGCCCGGCAGCUCAGCUUCUCUGGGGUCACCUUCCGGAUAGAAGAGAUCCCUCUAGACCCGUCAUACGAGUGCAUCUACAACAGAGCAGCCCAGCUGUGGGCAGAGGCAUUAGUGGUGUUCCAGCGGGCAGCAGAGUGGAUUGGCCUGGAGUCCAGAAAGUCCCUGUGGGGGCAGUUCUGGUCUGCCCAUCAGCGCUUCUUCAAAUAUCUCUGCAUUGCUGCCAAAGUUCGUCGCUUGGUUGAGCUUGCAACAGAGGAGCUGGCAAAGGGCAAGUGUAUAGUCAUUGGGCUUCAGUCGACCGGAGAAGCUCGAACCCGAGAAGUCCUGGAUGAGAAUGAUGGCCACUUGAACUGCUUUGUCUCUGCAGCAGAAGGCGUCUUUCUAUCACUAAUUCAGAAGCACUUUCCUUCAACCAAAAGAAAGAGAGACAAAGGAACUGGCAUUAAAAGAAAACGGAAGCCCAAGGGCCGGCCCACCAAGAUCUCCAAGAUGGUGUGUGAGUUCCCUGGGGUCAUCAAGAUCAGUGAUGAUAGCAGCACGGAUUCCGACCUUGGCCUGGAUAGUGACUUCAACUCUUCCCCAGAGUCCUUCAUAGAUGAUGACGUCGUCAUCAUUGAUAACCCCUCUUCCGACGACAGAGGUCCUUCGCACUACUAUGGUUCCCAGAGGGAUAUCCAUGGCCCUGGGGUGCUGGAAAAAGUUGAGAAACUAAAGCAGGACCUUUUGGCCAAAGUCAGAGCACUGGGCAGAGAUCUACCUCUCAAUACCCUCGAUGAACUCAUCCACAAGUUUGGAGGCCCUGAGCAUGUAGCCGAGAUGACUGGAAGGAAAGGCCGGGUUGUAUCCAGACCAGAUGGGACAGUCACUUUUGAGUCACGGGCAGAACAGGGCCUUUCCAUAGACCACGUGAACCUAAAGGAGAAGGAACGUUUCAUGAGUGGAGAAAAGCUUGUUGCAAUAAUCUCAGAGGCCUCCAGUUCAGGGAUUUCCCUGCAAGCAGAUAGACGGGUGAAGAAUCAGAGGCGCCGGGUACACAUGACACUCGAAUUACCUUGGAGUGCUGACCGAGCCAUCCAGCAGUUUGGCCGAACACACCGAUCAAACCAAAUCUCAGCUCCUGAGUAUGUCUUUCUGAUCUCAGAACUGGCUGGUGAAAGAAGAUUUGCCUCCAUCGUUGCAAAACGUUUGGAGAGUCUAGGUGCCUUGACCCAUGGGGACAGAAGAGCCACUGAAUCCAGGGACCUCAGCAAGUAUAAUUUUGAGAAUAAGUAUGGAGCCAGAGCCCUGGACAGGGUCCUGUCUGCCAUCCUGAACCAGUCGGAGAACAAAGUCCCCCUUCCCAAGCACUAUCCGGGAGGAGAUGCUGCCUUCUUUCGAGAGAUGAAACAGGGUCUGCUCUCCGUGGGAAUCUGCUGCAGAGAGAUGAAGUUUGGCUGCAUUUCUAUUGAGAAGGAUUGCUCCAUCACCAAGUUCCUGAACCGUAUCCUUGGCUUGGAGGUGCAUAAGCAGAACACCCUCUUCCAGUACUUCUCAGAUACCUUCGACUACCUGAUUGAGAAGGACAAGAAGGAAGGCAAAUACGACAUGGGCAUCUUGGACCUUGCCCCAGGCAUUGAUGAGAUUUAUGAGGAGAGCCAACAAGAGUUUCAAACCCCCGGCCAUCCUCAAGAUGGACAGGUUGUCUUCUACAAGAUUAGUGUCGAUCGAGGCUUAAAGUGGGAAGAGGCUUAUGAGAGGUCGCUACAGAUGACCGGUACUUACGAUGGCUUCUACCUCUCCUACAAGGUCCGAGGCAAUAGGAAGAGCUGCCUACUGGCUGAGCAGAGCCGGGGGAAAUACUUCAUCUUAUACAAACCCAACAUUGGCAAACAGAGCCAACCUGAGAGCCUGGACAGCCUGUGCAGAAAGUAUCGACGGGUGACAGCUGAAGAUGCCAAAGAGCACUGGGAGAGCAGCUACGCCUUCUCGCUGACGCACUGUAACCAUGCCGUCUGGAAUCGACAUUGCAAAGUGGUCCAGGAGGGCAAGGAGUGCCUGCAGGGCGCCCGGCUGCGGCACUACCACAUGCUGUGUGGAGCCCUGCUCCGAGUAUGGAGCCGCAUCGCCAGCAUCAUCGCCGAGGUGACCAGCAGCAACUACCUGCAGAUCGUGAGGCUCAAGACCAAGGACAAGAAGAAACAAGUUGGUAUCAAGAUCCCUGAGAGCUGUGUGCCCAAAGUGCUGGAAGAGCUGAAGCAGAUGGAUGCAGAUGUGAAGCGGAAGCAGGCCCGUGCCGCCCAGGCUGUUGGCCCCACUGACCCCCUGCCAGCCUUUCAGGCUGCCUUGCAGGGCCCCUGGCCCCCCCUCUCCAUGCACUCCAACCCCAGCGAGGUCUUGGACCUGACCUCCAGUCCUCUGGACGAUGGCCUCCCUGGCGGACUCCUGAGCCUCGACUCAACGAGCCUGCCCUUCUCCACACAAAGCCCUCACUUGCCCCUGCCGCCGCCCAGGUUCUAUCCCCCACCUCUGGACAUGCCAGGGCCCAGCCUGCCCAGCAGCCAUCUGCUGCCUUCCCAUGAACCCUUGCCCCUCCUGCAGCUUCGGCCCCCACCAGACGACCUCACCUCCCAAGGGGACAUCAAUUUCAAGGAGAUCCUGGAAGACAUGUUGAGGUCCCUGAACGUGGUCCCCCCAGAAAACCCCCUGGGCCUGGAGCGACAGAGCGUCAUCCAAUUCAGUCCGCCUUUUACAAACUCCUAGGCCCGGGAGCCCAGCACCAUCCAUCCCUCCACAGGCAGCCCUUUAUCCCCUAUGGGGCUGAGGAGGUAGCAAGAUCCCCUCGUUCUUUGAAAGAGUUAAGGGUAUAAGUAGGAAGGGGUGGACAGAUGAAUAAGAAACUAUAUAGUUCCUUUUAAAACAAAAAAAUUUAUUUAUAUAUAAUAUACAUUCACACAUCUAUAUAAAUAUAAAUUUUUUAUGUUAUAUAUAAAGGGUAGGGGGGCUGAAUAGAUUUGCAGCCAACGACUGAGGCCGCCCAACUCUGUGAUUUCCCUUUCCCCUUCUCCAGUCAUGCUGUUGUUCAAAGUAAUAGCCCCAGGUUUGGGUUGGCAGGGAACUCAAAGGAAUUAAUGACCUGACCCCACACACAUACCCCCUGCCCAUUCCCUGAGUCCUCAAGGGCUAAAGAUAUAGGAGGGGUAAUGGGUCACUCGACCCCAUUAUCCAUUGUCAGGUAGACUACUGAGAGGGAAGAGGCAAGACUGAGGGCACCCUCAGAUCCCCCAGAACACUGGGAGGAGGGAGCAUAAAGAGGGGGUAGCCUUUCUAAUUGCCCUAAACUGAUUUUUCCAUAUCCUACUUCCAGGGCGUGGGCCCAGGCUCCCCCCCUAUUCCCAGUUUCCCAAGAGAGAUGGGUCUGCCUAGGGAAUACAAGACCUCACUGCCCUUUUCAGAAAGACCUCAGCUUAGAACCCCAGACUGAUGCAUCUGAGAGGGAGGGUCUUCAUUGUGCUCAGCUCCCCCUUUCAGAGAUGAAGAGAUCAACGUCUAGAGUGAAGGAACUUUCCUUCUUAGGACACAUGGAAAAUUAGUGGAAAAGCCAGAACUAGAACCCAUAUACCUUUCUUCCCUACUCAGGAUUCUUGGCGCUUGCCUGAUUUCCCCAGCCUGAGAAAGGAUUUUUAACCCUCUUGUUGGGUCUGGUCAGCUGGGAGGGAAGGCCAGUGGUCCUCGUCAUUACUCCCUCCUCCACCUCCUCUCCUCUCCCCAGACUUGGGGACCCAUGAGGCUCCAGGCGCCCUGGGAUUCUUUUACUUUUCCCCGAGGCCUCCAGCCUCCCCCUGUUAGAAAUAGUUGAUGCCAGGGAAGCCAAGCCUUCAGGUUUCCUCUGCUCUUCUGAAGGGCCCCUCGUUUUCCCUGAGAAGAAUGCUGGAAUAUCAGAACUAGAAGAGACCUUAGAAAUCAUCCAAUCCCAUCUCCCUCACUUUAUACAGAUGAGGAAAGUGAAGCUCAGGCUCUCUCCACCCCAUCUUUCCUGUCUCCCCUGCUUCCCCUACUUCUUUUUGUUUUCUCUUGAGGAAUCAGUAGACAGCUCACUCUAGCCAGGGUUGUUGGUCCAGUUGACCAUUUCUAGAGGAAGAGUUUGGGAAAGGGACAGUAGAGUGAAGCCAAAUUCUCCCUCCCUGAGCCUUCAGGGUCAGCACCCCAUUACCCAGGGCUGAUGAGUGAUUUAUCCCAGCAUCCUCUUCUCUUUCCCCACUUCCUCCUCCUCACUGUUUUUUGAGGGAGGAGGAACAGGCUCGGGGGAGGUGCUGAGUGAAUGAGUUUGGGGGCAGCAUGGCCGGAUUUUAGCUGUGGAUUUCUCUUCCCUGGGUCCCUGCCCCUCCCAUCACCCUUGUGCCCAGAGGGUCAGUGGGUGCUCAUCUCCUUUUCUCUUCCAGGGCAACACCAUUCUGCUCCUCCUCCCUCUAUUUAUAAUGUCCCCUCUCCUGUGUUGGGGAAGCCUGGCACCACCCGCCAGAACCCCCAGAACUGCGGGAGCUAUAAACUCAGGAAAAACCGAAGGUGCUCUCUUCCCCUUCCACUGUCUCUUUCCCCACCCCCAUGGAUGCUUUUCAUGGGGGAAUUCCCCCCCCCUUGCCUUUUAAUAUAUGCAAUUCUCUUCUCUAACUGUAUAGCACCUUCACCCCCUGACCCCAGGACAGGCAGGGUCAAAUAUCCGUCACUGGGGAUCGUGCCCCUAAGUUAUUGCCUCAGUCCUACUGAUGGUGUGUCUUGUGUGUGUGUGUGUUUGUGCGCGCGCAUGUGAGUGUGUUUGAGAGAAAGAGCCUCAUGUCAUCCCCUCCCCUCUGUGCACUUUGGAAUCUGCUUGUUAUGUUGGGCCUUCUUGGAUUUCUAUGUGUAUUUAUAAUUAAUUGAAAUGUAUAUAUGUAAAGAGAUUUUUUUUUUAGAACAUGUGCCUUUUGACUAAUUCCUACAUUUUCUACUUGUACCUGACCUUGAAGAAUAAUUUUGCAUUCAUUCUGCUCAGUAAAGAUGGAAACUCAUGGGCCA